AUGGUAUCUCUGCAGAGGUGCCGGGACUGCAGAGGGCGAGCCCUGCUUUGUCUGCUCCUGGGGACGCUGUGGGAGAUUGGGUCCGGACAGAUCCGCUACUCGGUGCCCGAGGAAACGGAGAAAGGCUCUUUCGUGGGGGAUGUGGCCAAAGACCUGGGAUUGAAGACCGGGGAGCUGUCGGAGCGCCGAGUCCGCAUUGUCUCCAGAGGUAGGACGCCCCGUUUCGCUUUGAAUGUCAGAAGCGGCAGCUUAGUGACCACAGACAGAAUAGAUAGAGAAGAGAUCUGUGCUCAAACAGCUCCGUGUCUCGUGAAUUUUAACAUUCUGGUUGAGGAUAAUGUAAAGCUUUACAGGGUAGAAGUGGAAAUAGGUGAUAUUAAUGAUAACGCGCCCCGAUUUACGGAGGAGGAACUGGAAGUAAAAAUCAGUGAAACUGCAGCUCCGGGGAUGCGAUUUCCCCUCCCGGAAGCGCACGAUCCUGACGUGGGGGCGAACUCCCUGCAGAGCUACCAGCUCAGCCCGAACAAGCAUUUCUCUCUGGAUGUGCAAAGCGGAGUGGACGGGACCAAGAUUGCGGAGCUGGUGCUGGAACGGGUCCUGGACCGGGAGGAGAAGGCUGUUCAUCACCUCGUCCUCACGGCCUCAGACGGGGGGGAUCCGAUCCGCUCUGGCACCGCGCGCAUCCACGUGAUAGUCUUGGAUAUUAAUGACAACGCGCCCGUGUUUACUCAGUCUGUGUAUCAGGUGAGAGUCAGGGAAGACGUUCCCGUGGGUACCCCAAUCCUCAGAGUGAACGCUACGGAUCCAGAUGAGGGGACAAACUCGGAGGUUACGUAUGCAUUCCGGACAAAAAAUGAAAAGUUCUUAAAGGUCUUCCAUCUGAGCUCUCUAACAGGAGAAAUAUCCAUUUUAGAAAAUCUAGAUUACGAAGAGUCAGAAUCAUAUGAAGUGGAAAUUCAGGCUAAAGACAAUGCUGAAUUUCUUGCCAAAGCGAAAGUACAGGUGAUUGUCGAAGAUGUGAAUGACAAUGCACCGGAAGUACUCGUCACCUCCCUUACUGGCUCAGUCCGUGAGGACUCGCCCCCCGGGACGGUAAUUGCCCUUUUAAACGUACACGAUAGAGACUCUGGGGACAACGGCCUCGUCACAUGCUCUAUCCCCGAAAAUAUCCCUUUUAAAUUGGAAAAAUCAAUAGACAGCUAUCUCCAUCUGGUGACAGAUGGAAUCCUAGACCGGGAAUUGAUCUCGGAUUUCAACAUAACUCUAACAGCCACAGACCGUGGCUCCCCACCCCUAUCCUCUAAUAUUCACAUCUCCCUGCACGUGUUGGACACCAACGACAACCCGCCUAGCUUUCAGCAGACAGCCUACUCCGUCUACAUUCCCGAGAACAACCCCCGAGGCGCAUCCGUCUUCUGUGUGACCGCCCGGGAUCCCGACAGCGAAGAGAACUCGCGAGUCACUUACUCCAUCAGUGAAGUACCUGGCCAAGGACCUCCUCUGUCGUCCUACGUGUCCAUUAACUCGGAAACCGGGGUCCUGUACGCUCUGCGAUCCUUCGACUACGAGCAGUUCCGGGAGCUGCAGCUGCUGGUCACGGCACGGGACGGCGGGACCCCGGCCCUCAGCAGCAACGUGUCGGUGAAUCUGCUGGUCCUGGACGAGAACGACAACGCCCCGGAGAUCCUGUACCCGUCCUUGCCCACCGACGGCUCCACCGGGGUGGAGUUGGCUCCGCGCUCGGCCGAGCCGGGAUACCUGGUGACCAAAGUGGUGGCAGUGGACGGCGAUUCGGGCCAGAACGCCUGGCUGUCCUACCGCCUGCUCAAGGCCACGGACCCGGGCCUCUUCUCAGUGGGGCUGCACACGGGCGAGAUCAGGACGGCCCGGAGCUUCCUGGACAAAGAUGCCCUUAAGCAGAGCCUCGUGGUGGUGGUCAGGGACAACGGGGAGCCUCCUCUCUCCGCCACCGUCACGGUCACGGUGGCCGUGGCCGACAGCAUUCCAGAGAUCUUGUCGGAUCUGAGCAGCCUCUCGACACCCGCAGACCCCGAGUCCAGCCUCACGCUGUACCUGGUGGUCGCGGUGGCCGCCGUGUCCUGCCUGUUCUUAGCCUUCAUCAUCGUGCUGUUGGCCCUGAGGCUUCGCAGGUGGCGAGCUGCCCGGCUGCUCGAGUCGUCGAGCGGGUAUCUCGGGGGCGUCCCGGCCUCGCACUUUGUGGGCAUUGAUGGGGUCCGAGCUUUCCUCCAGACUUAUUCCCACGAGGUGUCCCUAACCACGGACUCCCGGAAAAGCCAGUUAAUUUUUCCGCAACCCAAUUACUCUGAUACUCUGACUAGCCAGCAGACUUGUGAGAAAAAAGAGCCCUUGUUAGUGCCUGAGGAUUUGAACCUGGUCAAUGAUGACCAGUCUGUCCUGCAGAGAGCGAGACGCCGAGACGGGGAUCCAUUGGAAAUUCCUGCAGGAAAUUCCCUGCGCAGUCUCCCAGAGCAGAGCUCGCGUCUACAUUCGCUCAGUUUCGCGGACCCCCUUCCUCCCUGA